GGUUACUAAAGUAACUCGAACCAGAUUCUUGUACUGUAACUACAUGUAUCUCAGAAUCCAGAAGUUUUUUCAGUGGAUUAUACCUCAAUAACACAGACUAUUGAUUUUUUAGUACAAUAAUCUUAAAAUGGCCAUAAAAACAAGGAACCUUCAAAAUACCAGCACUCACGUUUACAUUUUCUCAAAAUUAAUGGAUAUUCCGAAAAAACAGAGCUGACUGGCCUGCCGAAAAGUCAAUUCUUUUUGCAAUCGUAACACCUUUCUAGAGACUUAGCCGCCGGCUGUGAAUAUAUACUCGUAAAGUAUAGUCUCCAUGGUUUAUCAGUGUUCUUGAAUAUGUGCUACAAACACCUACUUUCUCCAAAACCUGUUCAUGGGCGCGAUGAAUGGCUUUUUUUGCAUUCUGAGCUUAUGCGUUAUAUCGAUAAGAACCAGUAUUAUCAAUACUGAUCUUGGGUUAUUAAUCAGAUCCUUCUUAAUGCAGGUGAAUGCUGAAUGCAAGGAUUACCGCCUUCUGAAAGAUAAGUGGAAUUUCGGUAAUAAGCAUUGUUUAACCACGUAUACUCAUAAAUUAAACUUCAUUUCAUAAGCCCUUUUACUAUCAGUUAAUUCAUAAUUUCAGUAUUCACACAUAUAAAUAUGAGACUAUUGUAUGCAGUCCCUAAACAGAUCAUUUCGAUAUUUGUUGUAUGCAAUAGUGCCACUGACAAUGAAGGUAUUUUAUUUAACUGUAAUUUUUGCAAGUAGCAUAUGCUGCAAAACAGGUAAGUAACCGUUUCCAAUGUUAUUGAUGAUCGUCGAGGGUAUGACAUCGCCAGUUUAAAUAUUAUUAAUGUUGCAUGCUUUAACAUAUCGUAUCUCCUAAUGAGGUAUUAGAUAUACCUAUUUCUGACAGUUAUUAGUCAGCCAGUUUCAGUUGAUUUUCUAUUUUAUUUUGCUUGCCUCAAAAAUUAUUUCUAUUUUGUAUUUAUUUAUUCAUUAACACCUUAAACAUCAAACCAAAAUUAUAUAUUCCUUCCUAAUGAUCUUAUUUUGUGAGAAAAUAAAUAUCGUUAGAGAAUAUUUCCAUCGUUCGUGAGGUUGGAGUUUUUAUGAUAUGUGCAUUCACUCAAGAUCAUCUUCUUUCAGUUCCUGUAGAUUUGGUUGUAGAGGAGGAGUUGCCGUCCGAGAGUAACAUAACCCUCAAAUUCUUUGAAACUGGUAUUCGGUACCAUUUUUUCAGUCAAGCAAACCCAUUCAGAAGCCGCAAACUUCGUAUUGAUACAAUUGAAUCAGUGCCCCUUGACUACUUUGACGCCAACAAGGAAACUUUGUUCAUCAUACAUGGCUGGAAGAGUCACAAUGAGUCUGAAAUCAGCUUCCACAUCAGGGAAAGGAUCUUGGAUCGUCAUGAUGUGAAUGUUUUUGUUGUGGAUUGGCAUAUAGUAGCAGGAAAGAGUUAUCUAAAUGCUCAAGGCAAUGUAAGAAAAGUUGGACAGUACAUUGCCAAGUUUAUUACAAAGCUUCAGGAUAUGUAUGGACUCAGAUUGAAUAAAGUGAAAUUUGUCGGUCACUCUCUGGGAGCCCACAUAGCUGGUAAUGCAGGAGCAGCUCUAAACGGCGAGGUAGACCGGAUUACAGGACUUGAUCCUGCAGGACCCCUCUUUUCCGUCAAAGAUACUGACAAUCGUCUAGACCCAAGUGACGCCAAAUAUGUUCAAGUUAUCCAUACCAAUGAUGGCUUCCUCGGCUUCAAUGGACAAUUGGGCCAUGCUGACUAUUAUCCCAAUGGAGGAAAAUCGCAACCAGGAUGUGGCUUAGAUUUGGCAGGCAUUUGCUCUCACUCGCGGUCAUAUGCUUACUACGCAGAAUCUCUAAAUUCUGAAAGCUUCAUAGCAUAUCAGUGCGACAACUAUGAGGAAUAUCUUCAAGGAUUUUGUGUUUACAGUCAUGUUUCCAUUAUGGGAAUGUUCAACGUGGAUAUUAAUGCACGUGGCAAGUACUACCUACGAACCUAUGGGAAUUUCCCAUACGCAAGAGGAUGGAAGUAGUAUGUAGGAAUUUUUUAAAACAUACCUGUUAUUCAGUAUAAAUAAAAUAAUGAUGCUAUAUUAUUUGUUUAAUACCAUAAAAAUAUUUUAUAUGUGCAGCAUUAGGUGGGAUGGGAUCAAGGGGGUAAUUACUUAGGCAGGAUCAUGCGGUUAACGUUAUUUAUAAAGUACGUGCUCGCAAUAAAAAGUAAACAGUUCGGGAAAUAUUGCUAUUAUCUUGAAUGCAAAGCAUCAAAUAAAGCGUCAAGAUCCUACCCCAACCCACCUAAAAGACCAACCAGUAAAAACCAAAUUGGUUUCACCGGUACUAUUUUCCAUUGGACGUUGAAUGUCUUAACUUCCUAAAAUUAUUUUGAUUCUAAAGGGUGUUAUUUGGAAAAAAUGUUCACAUGACCAAUAAUAUUGAAAUGUCAUUAAAGUUAUUGUUUCUAUCCCUUGACA